AUGUCUACAGCUUUAUCGUGCAUGUAUUGCGAUAAAACAAAAUCUCCUCUUCAACCCCUGGCAAUCAAUGGUCGUGAACAACGAAAUCGUAUUCUUGCUAAUGGUUAUGCUGCUCAUCAUCAACUCACAUCUAUUUUACCACCAGCUGCAUCGCUGCAAUCUCUUUCACCUUUAGUCCCAUCAGGAAAUUCUACGAGUAAUAUCACAUUCACGAGCUCAACAGCUAAUGUUGAACAACAAUCGAUUCAUUCGGAUUAUGACGAGAAGGAAAGACUGAAAAAUGAUCUACAGCAAUUGAAAAGUGAAUUGCAAAAGUCAAAAGAAACAAUUGCGCGUCUACAAAAAAGUGAAGAACAAAUGCGUGAACGAUUGGCGGAACAAGCACAAAGACAAUUAGAAAAAGGUGGUAAAUUCGAAGAUUUAAAUCAAGUAUCACGUCCGACAGAACUGAUUCGUUCCUACAAUAAUCUCUAUUCACAAGCACGAAUUGAUGCACUGGACGCGCUGGAUAAUCUUCAUGAAUUGACAGCAUCGGAUGAUCUCAAGUCGAAAUUGUUAUUUUCAGUCGUUGUCCUUGCCUUUCGUCAUGCGCAAAAUCAUGCCAAAGAAAUACGAACUAAAGUGAAACAGAUUCUUCAACUGUCCAACGAUAAAAGUUCCUCCACGUUAGAAGAAACCAUUGAAAAAUAUCUUCGAAGUACAAUACAAAAAUACGAUGUUAGCAAAAUCGCAUCGGAUGUAGAAAAUCAGUUAUGGACAACUCUAUAUGAUUAUCCAGCAUUGAGAUCGUGCAAUGAAUUACUUCGAUAUAUCACAUCUGCUUGUCGAACUGCAUGGGGCUUAGCUAAUCAAAAUCCACCCUAUUAUAUCGAAUUUCAAACCAUAAAAUACGAUAAACUCAUCCAUGAACGUUUUCAUACAUCUGAUACCGACAGUGACACCAUAAUCGAAUACGUUUGGCCAUGUUUACUCGACGGUCGUGAUCGGACAUGUGUAGCCAAAGGUGUUGUCAUUACGGAUGAGAAUUAUUUAUUAACAUCGAAAACUGCUUCGUCUUAG